AUGAAGGAACAUCACAACUCUUAUCAUCAACACUCUCAUGCCCCACAACAAGGACAUGAUUUUUCGACCACCACUUCAGUGUUACUAUCUAGUAGGAUGAACAUUAAGGACAUUCUUAAUCAUUCUCAAUUCCGAGAAUAUUGCAAGCAAUCAUCCUAUUCGUGCGAAGAAUUAGUAGAUUUAUGGAUGGAUUUAGAUCGAUUCCUACAUUCUUUUAAUAAUGAAACAUCUCCGAUGAGCCUGAAAUCCAAAUGCUCGCAGUUGAAAACAGCACAUGAAAUAUUGAAUCAAUACUUUAUUGAGGGUUCUAUUGAAUUAUCACCUGAAAUGUUGGAACAAGUAGUUCAAUCUGUGACUUUGAAUCAUGUUCAAUCCAUGACGGUCAUAUUUUCUCAGAUCCAGCAAAUGAUUGAAAACGAACUGAAUCACCUACCAGAUUUACUAAAUGGCUUUCUAAAUGUGACCCAACAAAAUGUCAAGCUCAAUUCUAUUCCUGAAUCACUCGUGGUCUCUCUCGGAGCCAUUUCUAAUGACGAUACCAACAAUCGCCUAUUAUUGAAUGACAACGACAUGACAUUGCAUGAUUCAAACGAGAAGAAUCACAUCCCAAUUCUCAUCUCAGACAAUAUCAAGUACAGACCUAUUGUUCCAUCAACGAGUGAUAUCAAAACAGAUGACAAUCACGAGAAAUCACAACAAGUAAUUAAUGAAUCCAUUCUAGAACAUGCUGAAGUACAUGGUAAAAGCCAAACAACUUGCAAAACGACACUACAAGAUACAACUAUUGUUACUACUGAAACAACACCCAAGAAAUCCUCAAAAACAAAUUCACCGUCAUUGAUUCGAAGAGUAGAACGAACAGAUAAGUGCAUUCACGUUUAUGGAAGAUCUCCUACUCAACGUACACCUCCACAUCAACAACACUCACAUUUCGAUUACUCUCUAUAUGAGGAGUAUGAUCUUGUUCAUGAAGAAAACAAGACUCCAUUCAAGUUGAAUACAAGCAGUGGUAGCAAAGGUGAAAAAGAAUUGAAUCUUAAAACACCUCUCUCAUCUAACAUAUCAAAUGAAACGAAUGAAACACCAACGGUCGAGAGUGAACCUAUUGAAAACACUCUCAAAGAUAAUAACUACCGUUCAGAUGUUCGUGCCAUUGUUGCUGAUAUAGAUUCAAAUUACAUACGAUCACAUGGAGAGAAGGAACAACUGAUACAAGUACUAUGUUGUGAAGUUUCAAUCAAUUUAUUAUAUCAAAGAAUACCAAUUAUUUCUCAAACGAGUAUUGAGGGAAUAUUUGAAAUGUCAAGAAAAUUGUUUCAUUUAAAAGAUUACAGAAAUGAUGAAGACUCCUUUGUUAUGCAAAUUUGUAGUAUAUUGAAUAGAUGUGAUCGAUAUUCAGCUCACUUACAAAUGGAUCAUGAGAUUAAGUUGAAUGAUUCAUUCUCAGAUCUAUCAGCUCUCUUUGAUCGAAAAGAUUCAUCAACCCCAACAUGUUGGUUGGUUAAGGCAUACAAAACUCAAGAUCUUAAUAACGAUCAUGAUACGUACACUUGCUCCUCUCCAUCCAUAUUUGAAUUCAUAAUCAUAUUCUAUGAUGGUCAUGAAAGUUAUUGUCUAUUCAAUACCUAUGAAAGACCCUGUAAUAAGAAGCGGGGUAUGCGAUGCUGUGUGACGUAUUUCCAUGAUUAUCCUGCCAUGAAAACAUUCUUUGAAGAGAACAAUUUUGAGUGGAAUCGAUCCGAACAAUCCAUCGAUGAGAAUUCCACAAGUGAAUAUACAUGUUCUCCUCAAGUAGAGGUGAAUUCAACACGAGAGACGAGUCGUUCUGCAACAGUCAUUCAACAGGUUCUGUCAUUCACAAGAAAAGCACCAAACAUCAUUCCAACACAAUUCAAUUAUCGAGUAUCUAGCAUUCCACCACAACAAGAUACUUGGAAGCGUUUGGAAGAACAGUUACAAUCGAUGGAUCUUGUUCAAACGAAUAGACUUAACGAUUUAAUGAUUCAAAUGAAUAGUACCAUUCAAGAACAGCAACAUUUCUCUCAGUCACUCGUUGAGAGACUGGAUCGUAUGGAGAAGGAGAUGAAAGAGUUAUGGACCUUGCAUCAUGACUCGGCAAUUCAAAAUAUUUUCCAACCUUUGCCAUUGGCAACAACCUGCGAAGAGGUACAUGAAAUUAGUUGUCAUGAAUCUACGAAAUUCAAUUCAAAAGAUCAUAUUGAAAGUGAGUCGAUCAUUAAGGAACACCCUGAGAGUCUGGCUUGUGAAGCAUCUUUUCAUGCUGAGCAAACAGAAAUGACCAUUCAGGAGGGACGCGAAGAAAACUCCAACCAACAACAGCAACCCAAAGAUGGCAUGGAGGUACAUGAUGAGAUGAAACUCCCAACCAUCAUCGAUAUCGUAACGAAUAAUCAUACCAUAUCGAAUACAACCUCUUUUAAUAGCACCACUCUGCGAUACGAAAACAUUCUCAAUAUUAUUGAACAGAUUACAUCCAAUCCAAUGCAUAGAGAACUUGUUGAUCGAAUGAACACACUUGAGAGUUAUUCCUUUGAAAAUAUGGCCAAUAUCAAACAGUUCGUUCAUCAAGAACAAGAAGCGAGAUUGACAAUGUUUGAACAUGUUCAAUGUAAACUAUCAUCAUUAGAGGAGCAAUUCAAACAAUUAUUAGACACAUUCCAUCAACGAAAUGACACAUCCUUCAUGACGAUUCGUAUGAAUGAAAAAGAAAUGACAAAGGAACAUUCUCAUGGCAGCAUGAACAUGGUUGAUGAUUCAAACACACACAAGAAUCAUUCUGUACACAGUAUCAUACCAAUCCAUGAGGAGAUAUCUAUUGAGAUUGAACCACAAAUGAAAACUGAACUCAACGAUACAUCCAAUCAAGUCAGUCAAGAACCUACUGACUCGGCAUUACAACAGUUUUGUGAAAUUCAAAACAGAUUAACAAGUAUGGAGCAACAGUUCCAACAGAUGGCCACAAUGAGCACCUUUGAAAGUCUCAAAUCUGAUUGUGAACACAGAUUCAGUGAGCAAUUGCAGCACAAAUAUGAAGAGUUGACUAAUAGAAUGACAAGCAUUGAAAUUAGAAACAUUGAAUCUUCUCAACAAGUGAUGAAGUUAGUAGGGGAUUUGGAAGACAGUUUGUUACAACGAAUGAGCAACUUGCAAGUUGUUAAAGAGCAUGAGAAUUCAAAUCCUCCACAUGAAGAUGAUUCAACCUCUCUCUCAAACAAUUGUGAAUCAUGUACCAUUCCUGAUCACUCACGAAUGAGCGAUUUAACAAUGUUUAGCAACUUUAUGAGCGACGUGAUGAAUUUAAUGGAAUUAUUUAAGAAAGAUAUGAACGAGAAAAUUUCGCUCCUCUCAUCGAAUCACAUUGAUGAACACCAAUUGUAUGAAAAGAUUGUGAACAAUGUAUUAAGGCAAUGCCAACACCAUUGUGAUCAAUACCAUCGUGAGCAAUUUGAAACCAUGUAUUCAAAGAUCGUACAGGAUGUCAAUCACACGCUGGAUGAGAAAAAACAAGAAAUACAUUUAUUGAAAGAGAAACAACAAGAAAUACACAAAAGGUUCGAAUAUUUUGAAAAGAAGGAAAAGGAACUGCAGAACAAGUUACGCAACUUGCUGAUAAGAGAAAGAGAUUUCGUUGAGAACCAUCGAUCCAUCCCAUUGGAGAGCACACCCCACAUGGAUACUAACAUGGAUACAGGAAAGGAGAACUCUUCACCUUUCACCGAUUCUCAUGGAAUGCUAUUAAGACAAAUUCAACACUAUCAUUUACAGGAGAAGUCAGUGGAAACUUUGGAGGAAAAAAUGCAUGAGGAGUUUAAAAAAUCAUUCCUACUCCGUACACCAAUAUCCUUAUUUGAGAGAGAAGAAGGAAUCAUGCAAGAUGAUGCUCAUGGUGAUACUCAUUGUGAUAUAGAUCCAUCACUUAGUUCUUCCACUACUGCUGAUGAGAAACCUCACGAAGAAUUAUAUGAAGAUAUUAUUCCAUCACCAUUUCGAAAGUAUAUCAAAAAACUUUGA